UUGCUGGGACUGUGUGGUGUAGUAGGGUCCAAAGUGUCGGUAGUUAGUGAAGUUUUUUCGUGCAGUGUUUUUACAGAAUCUCACAUAUUUCGUCAACAAUUCACAUCAUGCCAAAAUCAGCAAAACUGAAAUCAUUAAAGAUUAGCAUCCGCUUUGGAAAUCAAGACAAAAAUUUCCUAUUGGAUGGUGAAGAAGUUUGCAACAACAUCAACGGGGUGAAGCAGUUUUGCUUUUACCGGUUCCCGCUUUUGGUACAUGAUAAAAAUCUAAGGAUGUUCUGGAUCGAUCAACACAACGAUGAGAUAUGCUUGAUAACUGACAGCGAUUAUUCUGCCUUCGUGCGCGCGGCGGACAACACAAUAGGUCAUCUAUUCGUCGAAGGAAAGGCGCCUGAUAAUGAAGAUCUUCCACAGCACACGACUGUUAGCUGUGAUGUUUGCGAUCAAAUGGUUGUAGGUCACCGGUACAAAUGCCUUAUUUGCCCCGAUUAUGACCUGUGCAUGACGUGCGAGGCGCAGUACCGCCAUAAGGACCACGUUAUGUUACGCAUCCCUCGUCCAAUAGAUAUGCUGAAGAAGUACCUUCCCCAGCUAACAGAUGGGAUACCCUGGCAGAGGAAGUAAUGGGUUCGACCACGAAAGUAACACUGAACCGUGCUAUCGGUAUCUUCUGUCGCUUUCUCACCCACGCAGGUUGUACCCCCAUUCCCCGAGAGCGUUGAUCAUGUAGAACACUUGUGAGCGAAGUCCAUAUAAAUAAAACGACUUUAACU